AUGGUAGCUCAAACACUUGAUUUUUAUUCCGUUUUGGGUAUUAAAAAAAAUGCAAAUGAUACAGAAAUUAAAAAAGCAUUUUAUAAAAAAGCAAGAGAAUGGCAUCCGGAUAAAAAUUCACAACCGUGUGCUGAAGAAAAAUUUAAAGAAGUAAAUAAAGCUUAUGAAACAUUGAGUGAUGCUAAUAAACGACGAACAUAUGAUUUACAACAAACAGAUGCCACAAGUACAAAAACAUCAACAACAACAAAAUCUACUCCAACACAACAACAACAAAAAUCAUCAAAUAGUGAUUUUCAAACAACAUUUACAUCAUCAUUUCAUCAUUCGGGUGAACCACAUUUUACAUUUUCAACAACAACAAAUGGAAAUAAUAAUGGACGAUUUCCUUUUCAUCGAAUGGAUGAUGAUAAUCUAUUUUCAAGACAUUCACGAUUUCCUUAUUCAUUUUUUGAUUCAUUUGGUACAUCAAUGAACGAUGAUUUUUUCUUUAAUUUUUCGGAUGAACACAAUACAGAUGAUGAUGAGGAUAGUGAUGAUGAUCAUCAUAAUUCAACAAUAAAUUCGGAUGAAUUUGAUUUUAAUUUAAGAAAUGAACGAAGAAAAAUGCCCCAUCAACAAUCAAGACGUACACAUCGAAAUCGAUCCAAAUGGGGUAAUAGUUGGGGGUUAGUAUUUGAAUACUGA